AUGAAUACAUCUGGAACUGGUAACGUCAUCACUCGUCACUGUGGUAUCAUUCGGUAUGAUAUGGACAUUGUGAGGGGCAUGAGGGGUAAUUCACGAUGGCAUGCACAUAGAGAGGAAGCAUGGGAUAAAGGUGACCAAAGUCUCGAGAAUCAGGCUGUGUACGGAGCUACCAAACCCUUGGACGUAAUAGCAUUGUCAUUUUAUAGAUCAAGGACAUUCUCCUGCGCAAGGCAUUGUCAACGUCGAGGGCAUCACCAAGCAGUGAUACUCAAAGCACCACUUUACAGUGUUCUAAUCCUAAUAUCAACCAUGGAUACUUGCAAGAAGUCCCCCUUGAAGCCAUGGAAGAAAGGGCCAACUAGGGGGAAAGGUGGCCCCCAGAAUGCCUCGUGCCAGUACCGAGGUGUUAGGCAGAGAACUUGGGGCAAAUGGGUUGCUGAGAUAAGAGAGCCAAAGAAAAGAACCAGGCUCUGGCUUGGUUCUUUUGGCACAGCUGAAGAAGCUGCCAUGGCUUAUGAUGAAGCUGCAAGGAGACUCUAUGGACCAGAUGCAUACCUUAAUCUUCCCCACCUGCAACCCAGGUCUACACCAGGAAAGUUCAAAUGGUUCCCUUCCGAGAACUUUAUUUCAAUGUUUCCUUCCUGUGGAUUACUCAACGUAAAUGCUCAACCUAGUGUUCAUUUAAUCCAUCAGAAGCUACAAGAGCUUAAGCAAAAUUCAGUUGUGAGGCAAUCCCCAAAUAGUUCAUCCAAUGAUCAAGAGGCAGAAAUACAGAAUGUAGACAGCACAAAUCAUGGAGAAAAUCCUCCAAAUGAUGCUCAAACAUCACCAGAGGAGGUUCUUGGAGAUCUUCAAGACAAACCCCAGAUAGACCUCCAUGAGUUUCUUCAACAACUGGGAAUACUUAAAGAAGAAAGACAGUCAGACAGAACUGAUAGCACAGAAAGUUCAACAGUGCCUGAAGCUGUGUUGAGAGAUGGCAAUGAUCAAUUGGGAGUGUUUUCUGACACAAGUGUUAACUGGGAGGCAUUGAUUGAGAUGCAUGGAAUUGCAGGUAUUCAGGAAUCAGAAUCUAGCCAGCUUGAAUAUAGGCCAAAUGAUGACCUUACUUUCUCAACUUCCAUUUGGAACUUCUAA